AUGCCUACUCAGGAACCCCUGCACCACAAUGUAAUGCGCCGAGCACGAAUUGAGAUAAUUGACGUCCUAUUGAAGAGAGAAGAUGAGAACAUAAUGGAGAAGACGUGGAGAAGACAAGGAAAGGACAUAAGGUCAAUCAAAAGGGCUAGCUAUACCUACAUAAUUAAUGGACAAAUCUCGAUCACACCCCAUACAUUUUGUCAAAGAAGCAACAACUAA